AUGAAAUUCUCUUCUUCUGUUCUUCUUUCAGUACUUGCCACUCUUUCCUCCAGUGCCUUAGCUGCCCCAACUAAACAGGUUCCUCUUAAGAUUGAUUUCAGUGUUGAACGUUCUUCUAAGGCCCCAAAAUCUGGAAUUCUUGCCAGAGUUGCAGCAUCUGGCGUUGCUCUUGAGCUUGAAAACCAAUAUUCGAUGUAUAUUGCUGAAAUCGAACUCGGUACUCCAGUACAAAAGGUCAGAGUUGAUGUCGAUACUGGCUCUUCCGACCUUUGGGUUCCAGGUGCCGGCACCUCCAGUUCUUAUGGUACUUACGAUAACAGCAAGUCUUCCACUUACUCUAAAGUCAAGGAUGGUUUUUCUAUUUCUUAUGGUGAUGGCUCCAAUGCCAAGGGUAACUGGGCCAAUGAAACUAUGACUUUAGGUGGUGUUACUGUCACCGAUUUCAUGUUUGGUGAUGCUACCACACAAACAGCCGGUGAAGGUGUUUUCGGUAUUGGUAUGAUUGGAAAUGAAGCCUCUGCUUGGGGAUCUUCUGGGUUCACCUAUGAUAACUUCCCAGUGCAAUUGAAAAACCAAGGGUUUAUCAACAAUAUCGGCUACUCUUUAUACUUGAACUCCCUUAGUGCUGACUCUGGUUCCGUUUUAUUCGGUGCCAUUGACAAAGCUAAAUACUCCGGAGAUUUGAAGACUUUGAAAUUAGUUUCUAUCGAUGAUUCUGGCUCCAAAGUAGAUUCUCCAGUCGCCUUCUUUGUUGAAUUAGACAGCAUCACCGCUGGUGGCAAACCGCUUGCUAGUAAAUCUUAUCCAGCUUUGUUGGACUCUGGUACUACCUUGAUCUAUGCGCCAUCAGCCAUUGCUGAAGCCAUUGGUUCCAAGUACGGUGAAUACAGUCAAAGUUACGGUGGUUACGCUACCAGCUGUUCUACUAAGGGUGAUGACUUUAGCUUCACCUUCGAAGACAAAACCAUCACCGUUCCUUGGGAAGACUUGUUGUUCAAGGUUGAUGACUCUGGCAAAGAAUGUUUAGUUGGUGUUCUCUCCUCUGGUUCUGAAUAUUACAUUUUGGGGGAUGGUUUCUUGAGAUCUUCUUACAUUUAUUAUGAUUUAGAAAACAACGAAGUUCAAAUCGGUCAAGCUAAAUAUACUGAGGACUCAGAUAUUCAAUUAGUUUAA